AAAUAACUUUGAAAUAAACUGUUUUGUUUUGAUAUGAGUUUUUAGUUUUGCAUUAAAUAAAUUUUUAUGACAUGAAAUUUAGGUAUAAAUGCGCGAGUGAUAUUUACAGAUGGUUUUCUCAUUGCAAAUUCUCUACGUGUGUGUAUAAAAUACUUCGUAAAAAUGGAAACAACGUAAAAUAUUUGGCGUAUUCUAGUUGUGUUAAUCGCUCCGUUUGCUGUUAUUAUUCCAGCGAUAAUUCGAAUACUAGUAAUUAUUAUGGCGUUGGUUCAAAAAACAAAGAUAAGAAAAAUAUUUUCAUUGGUCCCGGUCUAAAGCAAUUUUUAGUUGGCGAUACUGAACAUGGGGUUUCAUCUCAAAUUACUGCUGAACAAAUUCCAUACUUAGAAACACACAGCUAUGACGGGCGGAAGCGUAAAGUGUUCAUUGAUGUGUACGGGUGCCAAAUGAACGUGAAUGACACGGAAAUUGCAUGGUCCAUCUUGGAAAGUGCCGGGUAUUUGAAAGCACACACACUUGAAGAAGCAGAUGUUGUUCUGGUCAUGACCUGUGCCAUUCGAGAUGGUGCAGAGGCCAAAGUGUGGAACAAGUUGGAUUAUCUGAAAGGCCUUAAAAAAAAGCGUGCUCAGAAGAAAGAUGCACCAAAAAUGAAGAUUGGUAUCUUAGGCUGCAUGGCGGAGCGCCUGAAGGAGCGCCUGCUGGACGAGGGGGGCGGGGCCGUGGACCUGGUGGCGGGGCCCGACAGCUACAGGGACCUGCCCCGCAUGCUCGCCCUCACCGACGCCGGCCAGCCGGCCGUCAACGUGCUGCUGUCCCUCGACGAGACCUACGCGGACGUCGCGCCCGUCCGCCUCAACCGGGACUCCGUCACCGCCUUCGUUUCAAUAAUGCGUGGAUGUGACAACAUGUGCACGUACUGCAUUGUGCCUUUCACUCGUGGCAGAGAAAGAUCUCGACCAAUCUCUUCCAUCAUCAGCGAGGUUCGAAUGCUUUCGCAGCAAGGUGUGAAGGAAGUUACAUUACUAGGGCAGAACGUGAACAGCUACCGGGACGCGUCGGCCGAGGACCACUACGGGGGCCUGCCGUCGGACGAGGAGACGCGCCUGGCCCGGGGCUUCAGCACGGUGUACAAGCGCAAGAAGGGCGGCGUGAGGUUCGCAGACCUCCUCGACCACGUGUCGCGCGUGGACCCCGAGAUGAGGAUCAGGUUCACCUCCCCCCACCCCAAGGACUUCCCUGACGAGGUGCUGGAGCUGGUGCGGGAGAGACCCAACAUCUGCCGGAGCCUGCACCUGCCCGCGCAGAGCGGCUCAAGCGCGGUGCUGGCGCGCAUGAGGCGCGGCUACUCGCGCGAGGCGUACCUGCAGCUGGUGGAUCGCGUGCGCUGUCGCCUGCCCGGGGUCGCCCUCUCCAGCGACUUCAUCUGCGGCUUCUGCGGCGAGACGGACGGCGAGUUCCAGGAGACGCUGUCGCUCCUCCGCUGCGUCCGCUACAACGUGGCCUACCUCUUCCCGUACAGCAUGCGCGAGAAAACUACCGCCCACCGUCGAUUCGUAGAUGAUGUGCCUGAAGAGGUGAAGAAGCAGCGUCUCCUGCAAAUGACUUCGUUGUUCAGAAAUGAGGUUGAGAAGGUGAACAGAGCCAAGAUUGGCUCACUGGAGUUAGUUCUGAUUGAAGGGUUGAGCAAGAGAUCAAACCUGCACAUGGCUGGACGGAACGAUGGCAACACUAAAGUGAUACUCCCAGCGACUGAGAUCCCGGAAUCAUCCAGGUCGGACACUAUCCGAGCCAUAAAACCAGGAGAUUAUGUUGUUGUGAUGGUAAAUGAAGCAGGUUCCCAAGUAUUGAAAGGUAUUCCUUUGUACCACACCACAUUGAGCGAGUAUUGUACACAGCAUGAUGGUGUUGUCUCUGUUAAACAGUCUGCUGGUGCCUGACUUGAAUAUUGUACAGUGUGAAUUUUAUAAAAGUAAAAUAUAAGUACUAAUAAAUAAAUUGUCUUUUAUAUAUUUGCUAAAA